AUGGGCGAUUUCCUGCGAUCCGUCUGGCUCGCCGAGGAGUUGCACAUGCUCGCCGCCGCGCACGCCACCGGCGGCGGCGAUCCGCGCGCGCGCGACAAGGCCGCGGGGCUGCUGCGCGCGCGCUCGCUGCGGCGACAGAAGUCCACCGCGGCGCUUCCGCGCGCGCUGACUGCGCGGACCGUGGAGGACGUGUGGAAAGACAUUCAGGCGGAACUAGCGGGGGAGGGGGAAGCAGCGGAGGGGGGGGGAGCGUCAGCGAAAGAAACGCGCGGAAAGGGGAAGGCGGAGCAGCAGCAAGCGCAGGGGCAAGGGCAGCAGCAAAAACGGCAAUUGGGGGAUGGAGACAAUAGGGGGAGAGCCGGAGAAUGGGGAGGAGGCAAGUUGCGGGGUGGGCAGCAGUGCGCGGAGAGAGGGGGAGGGGGGAGCCGCGGGCGGGGACAGGGGGGGAGUUGGGGGGGCAACAGCGGGGCGGGGGGAAAGGCGGAGGUGGGGAAGAAUGGGGACAAGCAGGGGGGCAGGGCGGGCGGGUGGGGAGCGGGGGAGCGAAUGGCCGCAGUUCUUAGGUUGCACAUGAUUCCGGGUGGGUCAGUGAAGGAGCGGGCAGCACUGUACAUCAUCAAGGCGGCAGAGGCGAGUGGCGAGUUGAGGGAGGGCGGGGUGAUCGUGGAGGGCACGGCGGGCAACGCGGGCAUCGGGAUGGCGCUGGUGGCCAAUGCACGCGGGUACAAGACCGUCAUCGUCAUUCCCGAGACGCAGAGCCAGGAGAAGAAGGACAUGCUGCGCAUUGCUGGGGCCACGCUGGUAGAGGUACGUGUCCGCCAUGCACCUCCUCCCUUGCUGCACCUCGCUCAACCACCGCUCGUCCUACCCAACGAACCUCUCUUCUCUCUCUCGAUCACCAUCCCUAUCCUCACCACCACGCCAGACACUGACUUUCAGCUUCCACUGCUACUUCCCGUGCAUUGCCUUGCGCACCCGGCAUGUGGGCGUGACGUGCAUGCAUGCGUGGGGGUGGGCGUGCAGGUGCCAGCAGUGCCGUACAAGAACCCCAACAACUACGUCAAGUACUCGGGCAGGCUCGCUCAAGCCAUUGCCAAGACACAUCCAGGCGGUGCCAUAUGGGGCAACCAGUUAGACAACACAGCCAAUCGCCAGGCGCACUACGAGACAACGGGGCCGGAGAUCUGGACGGAGGGGCGAGUGGACGCGUUCAUCUGCGCCAUUGGCACGGGGGGCACGCUCGCUGGCACCGGCAAGUACCUGAAGGAGCGCAAGGCGGGGGUGCGCGUGGGCAUGGUGGACCCAAUGGGCGCAGGGCGCAGCUACUACAACAACGGCACGCUUGAGGCCCACGGCUCCUCUAUAUCAGAGGGCAUAGGGCAGGGGCGCAUCACAGGCAACCUGCAGGGGUCGGGGCUUCCGGAGAGAGAAGGGGGAUGCGUUGACUUCUGCUGCCAGGUGGAGGAUGCGGAGGCGCUGCCAGUGGUGUACGACCUGCUGCGCUACGAGGGGCUGUGUGUGGGGCUGUCAUCGGGCAUCAACGUGGCGGGCGCCAUGCGCCUGGCGCGCGCCAUGGGGCCGGGCCACACCAUCGUGACGGUGCUGUGUGACCUGGGCACGCGCUACCAGGGCCGCCUCUUCAACCCGCCCUUCCUCACCAGGGCAGAGCUUGCGCAAGAGGUGCCAGGCAGCAAGCCCCACACCACCGUGUGCGUUCAUCAUGCAGCAGUGCCCUGCUUGCCCCGGCCUAGGAUCUUGGCCACCCAGCUGCCCGAAUCACCCAUGCGCCGGCCCUCACUGGAGCCCUCCUGCGACCGACUCAGGUUGAUGGCCGACCCCCCCGUGCUGCGCUGCUCCAGCAGUGGCACCACCGGCAGCUCCCCCACAGGCGCCUUGCUCUGCACCUCUGCCGUGCGCUCACUGUCACUGCUCAGCCUCCAUCAGUACCGCUGCUGCCGCUGCGAGAGCAGUGCUGGCGUGUGCCAUGCGCCACGUGGCAACAUCCACCUCAUUGGCGGGGUUCACAUUGCACACACACAGCACCUCCCGUGA